AUGUCCGCGCGUUUCGCCGCGACACCGAGUCGAUUAAAUACGUCCACGCGCGUCUCCUCUCGCCGCGUCACCGUCGUGGCGAGCGUGUCGAAAGCACAACGCGUCGAAACAAACCGAAGAGCCUUUGGGAUAAAUAUCUUCUCGCUCGCCUCCGCGGUCGCGCUCGUCCCGAUCGGCGCGAGCGAGGCGCGAGAGGACGUCGUGGAGUGCUUCUUCGACGUCACGGUGGAGGGCGAACAGCUCGGCACGGUCAGGGUGGAGGUGGACGCGUCGACGCUGAGCGGGAAGCGAUUCGCGCAACUGUGUCGAGGCGAGCGCGGUUUGUCGUAUCGACGCACGACGCUGGAUUCGAUCGAGGUGGACGACGACGAGACGGAGGUGUACUUGAAAAAUGGUGGAGUGCAAAAUUUCGUGACGCCCGGCACGCAAUCUCCCGUAGACAUUGUUGGUGGACCGAGCGCAGAGCGGCUCCUGGAGGAUUUGGAGCGACAACGAGCGAAGCAUGACCGGGCGGGAUUGGUGUCUUUGAUCGUCCGACGCGAUCCAAGCGAGCCCGUUCCGGAACCCAAAUCGCGAUUGGUGAGUGUGAGAGGUAAAUUUGAGACGGUGUACGAUCAGCCGCCGCCGCCGCCGAACGGGACGGCAUUCGUCAUCACGCUGCGACCUGCGCCCGAGUUGGACGCUACGAACGUCAUCGUCGGCCGAAUCGUCGGCGGCGAGGACGUGUUGAAAGAGAUCUCGCAGCUCCCGACCGUGAAGGACAAUACGAGUUCCCCGUUCUUCGCCGUGGCGAAAUCCAUCGGGGACAAGCGUGCGCUCGUCGCGGAGCAGGCUUUUAGAAAGCCAUUCAAAAAGGUCAUCUUCUCCAAGAGCGGUGUCGUCGAGAGUGAACAAUCGAGCGAGGAGUGA